AUGCCGAAGAGUGUUGCAGGAGCUUGUCUUACCUUCCCUGGCAUCUUCAGCGUCCUCUUCAAGUACGACGACUUCCCUGUCACUUAUGAGUCAGGUUUCAGCAAAGUCCCGCAAUUUGACGCACACAUUGAGGUGUACUCUCCCGAGAAGAUUGUUCGCGUUGACUUCGACACACCAUACGUCAAGGGUCUACCAGUCACGAUGACCAUUAGAGAAAUGAUCGGGAAUGAUGGCUUCCAAGAGCGCAAAGUCAGGAAGACAUACCAGGAUCCUUACACCAAUGAGUUCCUCGAGUUGUAUGACUGCGUUGUCAACGGGAAGGCUCCGAAGACGAGUGCAUUAGAUGCGAGGAAUGACAUCGAACUGUUCAAGAUGAUCCUUCGAGCAGACUCCAGCAGAUAUCAGUAG